AUGCGCAAGAGUCCAUUAAUGAAGGAGAACAUGAAAGCAAUUCACAAUCAAAAAUUUUCGUAUCUGAACAAGAGUAAGUAAAAGACCUCAUCUCUUGAGAAAAGUUCAUAUUCGAACAGAUCACUCUUAAAUGAGAUGCAACAUCAAACCCCAAAUCAACCGAAGAAAAACAUUUCAACUCAGGCUUCAGAUUAGAAACUGCAUAAUUAAAGUUAAAUACUGAAAUCAUUAAUGAAAAUAUAAAAUAGAACAAAUCCAAUAUUGACAUAAUAGAAUUGUUAUGCAGGAGUGAAACUGAAUUUCAACAAUUGUGUAGGUAUUGAAGAUCAUUAAAAUGAAGGCAAUGAAGAGAAAAGAAUGAACACAAAUCAAUAUAACUCAUUGAAUUAGACGAAUCAUCCCUCUCCAAAAGUUAAGACCAUCUCAUUAUCAACAUACACAAGUACUCAGAGUCCAGAAUUAAGAGAAAAGGAGAUCAGACAUGAAUAGAUAUCGCAAUUUAAAUAGUUGAUUACAUAAACAAAGCAAAGUUUGGAGAAUAUUAGUAUCGCGGACAUGCAACAAUACAUAGAGGGAAUAUUUGAUGAAACCAUUUAGCCGUUACUUUAAUUGAAGAGCGAGUUGCUUAAACAAAUUGAGAAGUGUAUAAAUGCUGAACAAUAUCAAAUACGUUCUACUAUUGACUCUUUGAAAAAGAUGGAGGAUGAUAUCCUCUCUAAUGAGUUCAACAUUAUAGAAUUCAUGGCUAUGGGUCCUUUUAAUGAAAUUAUGUUAAUCUACCAGAAGAGAUUCAAAGAACACUCCAUCUUUGUUCAGUAGUUAAAUCAAUAAGACAUCGUCAUGCAUCAAUUCAAACAACUGCAUGAGAACUUCACUCAACAGAAUCAUUCUUUGUGUAAGCAAUUAUAACAGUCCUUAUAAGCCUAUUUGUCAUUAUAUAUCUCUUUCUAAAAUAAGGAGGAUUUUUAUGAGAUGAAAGAAUUCAGCAAUAUUUAAUAAUAGCAAAAUCAAAUAAUCAACCAUUUACAAGAAAACUUAUUCCAAACCUGUGAAACCAAUAAUUCAAUUGACGAAGAUCAGGUGAUUAUGAAGGAUUAACAAGUGGUCAGAAUCCCAGAUAAGACUUCAUAAUUUACUUAAUUAUUAAUGAAGGGAUUAAAUUGCCAAAAGAGCUUGUUUCCUUCAGAAUCGCCGCAAUUCAAGAAUUGA